AAUGCCUUCCUUCAAAAUAUACAUAAAACAUUCAACAAAAUUCUUCAGACGGUCACCCUAUACAUCCAAGGCUCCGCCGCCUCUCACCACUCACCGCCAUUCGUCAAGCUCUAUUACAUCUCAAAGAUGCUUUUUUGUGUUUCUUCUCUCGUAGUGGAAUUAAUUUGGUAUGAUAAAUUUAUGGGGUUGAUGGAAGCAGAUUAUGGAUUCCAACAUCCUUCACACAGCGUGAGUACUGGACGAGUGUAGUUAAGUUAGUCGAGGUAGUCCCCAGCCAGGCAUUCUCGUUGCUUUCUGUCGCCUCUUCUUAUAUAUCACUAUCCACGCUGUGAGUUAACACGUGAAUUGUACUGCGUGUCGUGGGUAACCAUCCCGCGCCAUGUAAUGGCAUACGCCACUAUAAGUAAUAGACGCCACUUCCCUGUAACAUGAAAUCUUAAGCAAAUUUCAAGUAUAUUGGUAUGGCAAUUGUAUUUUUCCUUUCUUUCUUUUUAGGCAUGCCACUUUAUAUCUCGGAGAUGGACAUGAAAUCUUGAUAACUUUAGCCUACUAUAAUUAGAUAAUACACUGCUGAUACUACUACUACCCCUUGUUCAUGCCCCAAACAACAUCCUUACCCUUCACCAGCACUAUACAGUAGCGUCACCAUCAGCACCUUCCCUUCAAAAAGUAAAGUAAACAUAGAUAAUAAUAUUUCUACUGAGUCGCGUGCAUAAAGCUUUCAUUAUCUUGCACGCCAUCGUUUUUUGUCACUAAUACCACACAUCCAUCAAAUUCAUAGACUGAAAUUAGCUCCACUAAUUAAGUCGCUAUACCAUCACUGUUCAGUUGAGCACUUCCCGACCACCGCCAUCACUACAGCGUGGAGGAGAGGCUGGAGAGCGAGAGGGAGGCAUGGAGGGAGCGAGGGAAGUAUAAGAGCCGCGGUACACAAUGUCGAGGGUUCAGUGCGACAUUCUGAGUCGGACGAUUGUGUGGCUGUCCGUGUUCAGGAGCACCCGCGUGCUACCGCUCACCUACAGGCUGGACCUUGUGUGCACUGAAACUCUGGGUGCUUCCCGGCCACUAGAUUGACAGUGACUUGUACUACGAGGCAUUACUUUGUUACUCUUGAACAAGGAGACUGACAUUGUGAAGGAAAGAGUUACUGUGACUAAUGACCGGCGCCAGUGACCCGUGCAGUGAAGCAGCUAGACUGUGCCAGGGAGUCCUGGCCACCUGUAGCGGACUCAGUGUGUGGCAUAAAGGGAGCGAGGAAGUGAGGAGCAGCAUGACCAGCCACCCGCCUUCUCCUUCCUCCUCAUCCUCUCCCUCUCCGCCCUCCAUCUUCAGACCCUGGCAGCCUUGCUCCUCGGCGCUUGUCACUGCCUCAGCACAAGAUUUGCCGACUACCACACACAACAGUAGCAUUACUACCGCGCCGUCUAGGGCAGGCGUGAGGCGCCUCCAGAAGCAGAUUACGUCCUCCGUUAACAAACGUCCUUACAAGAUGGCAAGAACAGAAGGGCCAGACUCACCAGCAACACCGCCUGAAGACAGCAAGGCGGAGGCGGCAUCCUCUCGUUUGCUGGGUCUCAACCAUCGCCUACCGCACACUCCCAUCUUUCCGGGCUUCCCAGGCCUGGGCGGGCCCUUCGGCAGCUUUCCGGGAACCGGGCCUCUAGUGCCUCUCCUUGACGUACUAGUGCCAGCAGCAGAGGUGGAGCGGGUGUGCGCCCGGAGGCCGCGUCCCAAGAGGUUUGGGUGUAAUCAGUGUGGCUCAGCCUUCAGCAACAAGGGUCAACUCAAAGGCCACCUUCGAAUACACACGGGCGAGCGGCCCUUUGUCUGUGGUCACCAAGGUUGUCAGAAACGCUUCACCCGCAACGAAGAGCUGACCCGUCACCGCCGCAUCCACAGCGGGGCACGGCCCUUCCCGUGCCCGCUGUGUGACAAACGCUUUGGCCGCAAGGACCACCUCAAGAAACAUGUCAGAACACACCAGCGGCUGCCUCUGAACCCUGCUGUGCAUCUGCCCCUGCCUCCGCCCCUGUCCCACUGCCUUACCCCGCCCAUCAUGCCACCCCUGGCCACCACCCUGGCAGCGUCGCAGCCGCUCCUGUACCGUCUACAGCAGCUACAGCAGAUUCACUCCCUGCCGCAGCCCUGACGACAAUCCGCAGCGCCUGUACAUCUUGUUGAUUAUCUAUGUUGUUA